CGCCUUCCCCACUCAAUUAGCAGCUUCCUUCAUCACCCACCUUCCCCCUCACCACUCCUAUCAGCCAUCACACGAGCAAAAUCCAAGAAACAAGAGGAGAGGUGGUUCUGAGCUAGAAUCCCGAUCGCCCAUGGAGAAGUGCAGGUCGGUUCCGCACGAGCACUCGUCGGCGUACUACGGCUGCGGCGGCGGGUACGACUACGAGGACGUCGGCGGCGGCGGCGGGCAGGGCAAGUCGUACAGCUUCAACGGGCCGAGCGCCCGCGACGACCCGGAGGCGAAGCGCCGGCGGCGGGUGGCGGCGUACAACGUCUUCGCCACGCAGGGCCGGAUCAAGACCACCGUCCGCAGCAGCGUCAAGUGGCUCAAGUCCAAGUUCUCCGACAUCCGCUACGGCGGCCUCUGAACUUCCUCCUGCAAAUCAGUAACCCUACCUACACCGUAUACUAUGAUGAUCACACGCAUCUGCACGCAGAAGCUGUGUGCAUGGCCAAGCUGGAAUAGCUGCUGCAUAUGUGGAGGUACUGUGUACAUGCUAUGUUUGUAUAGGCAUGUGUGCAUGUAUGAACUGUGUAUGUGUGUCGUCUCAGGUCACUGUGUCCCUGCUUUUCUAGAUCGGUCUGCUAUGUGUUCUCGGUCUGCAAAGAAAUGGCGGUUGUACUCUGAUUGAAUGUUAAAUCUGCAAGUCCAAGUUGUAUCAUGCUCGUCUUAAUUUGGUUUGCUUUU